CACAGACGAUGAUGACGAUGCGGAGAAACGGUCUUGUUGUGAGGGGUGUGGUGUUGUGGCUGUGGCUGUGCUGCUGCGGUGCGCCAUCUGUGCUGGUGUUGGUGGGAGGCCAAGACGACAACGGCAGAGAUGGAAAAGUAGGCGGCGAAGGACCAAGCCCCGCAGGCAAUGCCGCCAGCUCGCAAGACUGCGAGGCCACAUUCCUCGCCGGAUUUGAGCAAUGCGACAGCGAGCAUAACCAGAUCUACACGGACGAGGAUGAGCGGCAGCAACAGGCAGCGGCUUUUGCGCGUUGUGUCGUCGACCUCACCACGGAAUUUGUGGACUGCACCGGUGGCGACUUUUCUCUGCUCGACAAGAUGAUCGCGGGCAUCAAGGAACGGGCCAUGACGGAUCCCAUCCCUGCAGAACUUGUUCAGUUUAAAGCAACGCUCGUGCAAAAAGACACACCGGCAGAUCUGAAGCAAGUGAUCGAGGAAGUCAACCGCAAAAAACGCGGCCGUGCAGAGGCGGCCGUGCGACGGCGACUUGUCCACAAGGCAGAAGCAAACACCCUUGCCAUCCUCAUGGCCUACAAGAAGGUCAUCACGCGUGUUCGCAGCGAGGAUGUGCUGUCCUCCAUUCGAGAUGAUUCUGAAUCCACCCAACAGUUCGACAAUGUGUAUCAGAAACUCAGCGAACCAACCACGGGAGCGACGGGCAAAGAUGGCACGACACCGGCCACAUCAUCCUUCACCACACCUUCGUCGCUUUCCCUCUUCUUCAGCUCGCCCGCUGCUGCGGUGGCCACGUCACUGGCCGCCGUGGCUGCGGCUGUCAUCUUUGGGCGGUGGACAGCAACGGCACACGCGCCACCGCGCCCGGAGCACCGUGAUGACGACGACAGGAAGGCCGCUACCAAGGCUGAGAAGCAACGACACGAGCAGCAGCUUGCGUCGGAGCGGCGUCAGCACAAGCGGGAGUUGGAGCAGCUGCAGCACCUGUUGUCGUCUGCACAGCAGAAGGAGGAAGCGGCAACGCGGACCAACAAGACACAAGAGCGGGAGUUACAGCGGCUUCGCGGGAAAAUUGACCAGCUGCAAGCAAACCUCAAGGGCAAGGCGGAAGCGGCAAACAAACUUGAAGCAACGGUCACUGCCCACAAUGCUACCAUUCGCGCAAACGAGGAAACGAUUUCAAGGCUGAAGGGGGAAGUGAAGAAACUCAACUCUCGCAUGCAACAGCAAGACAAGAAGCUUGUUGAGGAGAAGGAAAUCUCCACGCGGUUAACCAAGCAGAACGAGUCCCUCAGUGCACAGCUGCUGCUGGUUCAGCGGGACACGUCUGUUACCGCUCUGAAGCGGCGCAUUGAGCACUUGCGUCAUGCACUGCAGCAAACGCAAGACUUGCUCGUCAUUGCCCAAGUGAAGGAGAAGAUCAGGCAGGCAUCAGCACGGCUGCAAGUUGCAUCGCCCAUGCUGCAGCAGCUGUGCAAGUCGUGCAUGGAGCGACCUGUCACGGUGGCUGCUGACCCGUGUGGGCACGCGUGCCUGUGCCGCGUGUGUGCAACAGAUGCACAGUCGUGCCCCGUCUGCAACGAACCCGUCAAGCGCCAGAUCUUCCUCGUCUUCUAAGCGGCGAAGCAGCUGCUGGUGAUGGUGUGCACUGUGGUUGCGUCAAGUGCCCUGUGCGGUGCGUAGAAAUACCGUGCACGCUUGUGCAGAUAAACAGAAAUGC